AUGCUGCAGACGUUGGAGAGGGAGCCACAAGAUGAUCUGUCCAAUCAAAUCUACGACAACUCCCCGGCUCCUGGCAAGACACCAUUCGAAAAUGGCGAGCGGACCAACAAGCGAGACAACCCACAUAAAUAUUUGCUGUACAAACCGACCUACGGACAGCUGAACACAUUUUUGGCAUCGGCUUUCAAGGAGUUACCUCCAAAUGGUGCCAUGUUGCUUUACAUUUCUGCUGAUGGUUGCCUGGGUAACCAGAAACACACUGAUGAUGCAGCCUAUGACCUUGGUGGUGUCAUCACCAACAGCAGACGUGAAGGAGAGGAACCUUCUAAAGCCAAGAAGACAGAGUUGUAUAAGGAAAUACACUGCUUACAUCCUGGAGACCUCUAUCCGUACACUCGGAAACCCCUGUUUCUGAUCAUUGACAGCAGUAAUAGUUCAGCAUUCCAGCUCCUAACUUGUUUGGCCACUGUUGUGUGUCUGCUGUCACCUGAACAGAUUCCCGCCACUGUAGAUCAACAGCUGAAAGGCAACUUAUUCACGUUGUUCCUGCACUGUCCACUGAUGGCCAUGUGCUGUGUGUGCAACAUUGCUGAUGUGCCCAUCACCCUGUGGGACAAGUGCCAAACUCAGAUGGACAAGUUUGUUGCAGACGCCUCCAAGUUGUUUAGUCGGGCACGGAAGCUAGACCACGCUUAUGUCCAGUUUCUGGGUGAUGACUUUCUGCGUCUGCUACUGCUGAGGUUUGUGUUCUGUUACAUCGUUCUCAUCCUGCACAAGGGGUUCAAGGGACCUAGUUACUACCCAGCAUCCCACCCUGCCCUCCCCACGGAUGAAAUCCUGGAGCAUCCAGCCCUCUACAAGCUUGUUCUUGACCUGGCCACUUCGUUAGAGGUCAGGAGUCUUUUUGCAGAGCCUGGUGAUGUAGAUAUCUCUGCAUAA